AUGAUACAUAUCGUGCAUAAAAGACAUCAAGGUGGAUUCCCUUUUGCUCUCCCAAAACUGACUUUACAGAUGAUGGAACAGCAAUCCAAACUAAGAUUCUGUUCUCUGUAUGGUAGCUGGACUGAGAGAAGAAUGAAAGAGGCAAUCAGGAUCCCCCUGAGAGAGUUUGCUUUUCAGGAGCGAUCCACCUAUAUUGUGAAGGACCAGCUUUGUGGGCCAAACUCCAUUCAUCCCCCAGCUCAAGUUUCUUUACCACUCAAUCUGGACUUCAAGCAUGACAGCAACAACAAGAUAAAAGCUGUGAUCAGCAAAGAGUACAUUCCUAAAGGUAUAUACUUUGGGCCAUUAACUGGGAAGAUCUACAUCAGGGACAAUAUUCCCAAUCACAUGGACUGGAAAAAGUUUUGGAGGAUGCAGAGUUUUAUUGGUUUGUAUUUUAUCAAGGACAGGACAGGACAGAAGGAAAACUUCACCACCUUGUUGAUGUGA